AUGGCCCAGCUCCAGGCGCCCUGCCAUGGGCAGGGACAGCUGGCACUAGAGCAGGUUACUCAGAGCCGCACCCUGAGCGCUGUGGUGUGCGGGGACGCGCGGUGUGUUUUGGUGACAGGGAUGUACCUUUGUGUGUCCGUGCCCCCCUGCCCGCGUUUGUGUCCUGCGCCUAGGAGCGCAUCCCAUAAAGGGGGCACGCAGAAUGAAUGUUGUUUUCUUUGUUUUCCCCCUCAUGUAUUAAAGGUGGAUAGCAGAGCUGAGUCAAUUGAUAAGAAAAUUGCUAGGCUUGAUGCAGAACUGGUGAAGUAUAAGGAUCAAAUGAAGAAAAUGAGAGAGGGACCUGCAAAGAAUACCGUAAAGCAAAAAGCAUUGAGAGUGUUAAAGCAGAAGCGAAUGUACGAACAACAGAGGGAUAACCUGUCACAGCAGUCUUUUAAUAUGGAACAAGCUAAUUACACUAUUCAGGCACUGAAGGAUACAAAGACAACGGUGGAUGCAAUGAAACUGGGGGUGAAAGAAAUGAAGAAAGCAUACAAGCAAGUCAAGAUUGAUCAAAUUGAGGACAUACAAGAUCAGUUGGAAGAUAUGAUGGAAGAAGCCAAUGAAGUCCAGGAGGCACUGAGUCGUAGCUAUGGAACACCAGAGAUUGACGAAGAUGAUUUGGAAGCAGAACUGGAUGCACUAGGUGAUGAGCUUUUAGCUGAUGAAGACAAUUCCUACUUAGAUGAAGCUGCAUCCGCUCCAGCAAUCCCAGAGGUCACUCCUACAGACACAAAAAACAAAGAUGGCGUAUUGGUGGAUGAAUUUGGGUUGCCAAAGAUCCCUGCAACAUAAGCGUUUCAAAAGCACAAUGGAUACAACGAACUGUACUUUUCCAAUUGUAUUAAGAAUCUUUUUUAAUUUAAAAUUCUGGAGAACUUGUCCUUCCAGUGUAACCUUAAUAUCACUACAUCCUAGAAUGCAAUGAGUGGCUGGUGGUGUUCUUUCUUUGGAGAAAGUUGUUCUACUACUGACUUCUGUUAUGGGAAAGUUCAUCCCAGUUCCCUUCAGUGGAAGCAGUCAGUCUGAUAGGUUUUGAUUUCCGUAUCUUAUGGACAAAGUAAAACGUGAAGACUAGUGGUGGCUGUCGAUAGCUGAGGUUUAUUUUGACUUUGUACUAUGUUUCUCUUUCUUGAGACUAAGACUAUACGUUGCCGCUUAACUCUGUAAAAUAGCUCCCUUAUUACUACGUCUGUUUGAUAAAAGAACUGAAAGCAAUUUUUAAACUACUGCACUCCUGAGACUUUCAUGCGAUUGUACUUGUAACCUUCUUGAAAACCGCUCGGGUUAUCAUUGACUUUAUGUAUUCCAUGGAGACAUAAAAUCACGUAGAUU